CCAAAGUGUGUCGUCAUAUGCGGGCCAUCGGGAGUUGGAAAAGGCACAUUGAUCAACAUGCUGCUCAAGGACAAGGGUUGCGGUCGACUUGGUUUCAGCGUCUCUCACACUACAAGAAAGCCUCGACCAGCAGGAGAGGUGGACGGGGUCCACUACAACUUCAUCACUCACGAGGUCAUGGAGAAGCUCCUCAAGAAGUCAAAAUUCCUCGAGCAUGCGAGGGUCCACGGGAACAUCUACGGCACCUCGUUCGAGGCCGUGGAGAAAGUGAUCUGCGACGGCAAGAUCUGCAUCCUCGACAUCGACGUCCAGGGGGUGCGGGCCUGCAGGAGGAGCAAGCUUGAAGCAGCCUACGUGUUCAUCGCUCCUCCUAGCAUCGCUGAGCUAGAGAGGAGGUUGACGGGGAGAGGAACAGAGUCGGAGGAGCAGGUAACCAAGAGGCUGCGGAACGCCAUCGGAGAGCUGCAGGACUCACAUCAACCUGGGCUGUUUGACUUCGUCAUAGUCAACGACGACCUUCAAAAGGCCUUUCGACAGGUGCAGACCUCCUCUUCCUCCCUCGAACCCUCUCCCUCUUCUUCCUCUCUCCUCUCCUAG